AACCCGGAACAAACGUUUGUCCCGCGUUGGAGGGAGAUUUGAGCGACACAUGGAACACUGAGUAUUCCUGUCGUCAGUUUUUUGUGUUUAAUAAGAUAAUUGUAAUUCAGGUUCUUUUUUUAAUAAGUUAUGGAAUCCAAAAGCGACGUUAAAACGACGCCUAGGGGUUUUCACUGUGUCUUAUGCAACGUCAACCUACCAAACCAAUCAAGUGUGGAUCAGCACGUCAAAGGGCGAAAGCACCAAACAUUAAGCAAUGUGCGAACCACCAGGAAGACCCAGGAGCAUCACAGCGUGUUUGUCAGCGGCAUAAAACCGGAGAUCUCAGAGGCUGACCUGGUGGACUACUUCGAGCAAUUUGGAGCCGUUUCCGACGUUAUCGUGGACAAAGACAAAGGCGUGUUUGCCAUUGUGCAAUUCAACCAGACAGAGAGCAUUCAGGCUGCCUUGUCCUGCGUCGAGCACAAAAUGAAAGGACUCAAGCUGCGUGUCAAACCCCGGGAGAAGAAGGAAUUCAAGUUCAUCCCCAAAAAGAAAUGUGACCUGCAGAACUUGCAGCAAGUUCUGGAUCACCUAAAACCACAACUCUGUCAGCUUCCUUCUGUUAAUGCUCAGAUGCAGUACAUUGAGGACCGGUUCCAGCUUGCAGAUACUGAGAAAAAGGCUCGAAACUUGCUGGUGCAACUCUUGCAGGAGGUCUUUGUGGAGUUUUUUCCAGAUAGCCAGAUUUUGCCAUUUGGCUCGUCUGUCAACACGUUUGGCAUUCACGCCUGUGACCUGGACUUGGUUCUGGACUUGGAGAACACAAAAGUCUUCCAGGCCCGUGCCAAGUGUACAUCAGAGGCAGUCGAGUGCAUGUCAGACGAUGGCCACUCGGAGGACUCCAUCCUGUCUGACAUCGACCUGUCCACGGCCUCCCCCGCCGAGAUUCUGGACCUGGUGGCGACCAUCUUGAGGCGCUGCGUGCCCAGUGUGCACAAAGUCCAUGUGGUCAGCAGUGCCCGCCUCCCGGUGGUCAAAUUUCAUCACCGCGAGCUCAACUUGCAAGGGGACAUCACGAUCAACAACAGUCUGGCCGUAAGGAACACCCGCUUCCUUCAGCUAUGCUCAGGAAUAGACGAGAGACUGAGGCCUCUGGUGUUCACAAUACGCUACUGGGCCAAACAGAACCAACUGGCAGGUAACCCCAGCGGUUCCGGUCCACUGCUCAACAACUAUGCUUUGACGCUGCUUGUCAUCUUCUUCCUGCAAAAUUGUGAGCCUCCCGUUCUCCCCACUGUGGAGCGCCUCAAAGACAUGGCCUGUGAGGAAGAGGAAUGUGUGAUUGAAGGAUGGAACUGCACCUUCCCCAGUCAGCCCAUCGCGGUGCCCCCCAGUGGAAACAGCCAGGAUCUCUGCACCCUUUUGGCUGGUUUCUUCUCCUUCUAUGCCAAGUUUGAUUUUGCAAGUAGUGUUAUAUCAUUGCGGGAGGGGCAUGCAAUCCCAGUCACAGACUUUAGUCACAAAAAUAACGAGGAGGAAAACCCCACUAAGCGUGGACCUAAAUUGGGCCCCCUCAAUGUUUUGGAUCCCUUUGAGCUUUCCCACAACGUAGCAGGGAACUUGAAUGAGCGCUCCCAGAGAUGUUUCCAGAAGGCUUGCCAGGACGCAGAGAAGUACUGCCGCAGCCUCCAGUACUUGCAAAAGUCCACCAAAGGAAAGUCCUGGGGCCUUGUGCGUUUAUUCACCCCCAACGGCGGAGUGGCGCAAACCAAAGAAGACGAGCUGAAAAUCAGCAUUCCGUUCAAACCAUCCACACUUCCCAAAGCCCUCCGCACGGCCAAAGAUGAUUUCCGCCCGGUGUGGUUCGAAAAGGUGUGCACUGCUGUGGAGCAGAUCUUCCAAAGUGUCCUCAGAUGUGACCUCACUGUGUCAUCGGGUUUUGGCUUUUCUGGGGAUUCGGCCGCAGACGUCUCGGCAGAAAUGGAGACCAGUUCAGGGUCCCUCAACACGUCGGUAAACGGCAGCAUGGAGCAUCCCGCCGCGGUGGGCGCCAAGCGGCGACUCUCUGCUGCCGACGACGACAUGCAGGUUUCCCCUCAAGGCAAAAAACCGAGGAUGUCCAAAAGGGGCAAGCGGGAUCCUCCCUACUGGCUGUGGGGCCAGAAACACGCCGUGUGGGCCGGCAGGAGAAAAGUACGGCGUGAACUAAUCAAAGACACCGACCUGAGGCCCGAAGGCAGCUGCAUGCAGCUCGAGGCCCAAGUCACAGAUCGCAUCAUUGAGAAAGAAGUGGCGCUCGAGAGACCGCUGGAGUUCAAGAUUCAGCCCCACAUAGUGGGUGAGGCAGAAAGCACAAAGGUCGUGUUGAGCUUGGAGCCGUGCAGCGACCCAGCUGGAGUUUUUCAGGACUUGGUUCAUUUUCUUGAAGCUUUCCUUCCCAAGAUGGUGGAGUCGCUGCUGGAGAAAGAAGCUGAAGAAGCGGAGAAAAUGGGACAUCACUGUUAAAUUUUGUUUUGUUUUGGCUGCAGAAUGGACAGCCAGAAUGAGCAUAGAUAUAUACGAAUGUAAUUAAUUGCUCGAGUGGUUUGAAAUUAACCCCUCCGAUGGAUGUUAAUUUGUUAAAUUGACCUUCUCUAAACUUUUAAAUGCACGUCCAACUGUUUCAAUUUUUUUCUCUUCCCAGCUCGGUGUUGUCUCACAAGGAAUUGAACGGCAAAUUUUGUGACCGUGCAUUUUACACAAUUAAAAACAAGAAAACAAAUUAAAAACAAGAAUAAUCAUGGCCAGUCAAAGAGUAUGUAUAUUUUGCUGCUUAGUUUGAUAGUUUUCUGUUAUUAUUAUUAUGAUGUGCAUUUAUGUUGGUAGAAAUAAUGCUCAUAAAUUUUGCUGCUCUGAAGAAAACUCAUUUGAAGCGGUCUUCGAAAAGAAUUAAACAUUUGUAUCGUGAUGUCUCACUUUAUAAAGCGGUUGAUUGGUUGUGGUA